UCAACCGAAAGAUGGACGCUGACAUAAAACUAAACUAAAAUGUCUCGUCUUCUCUUUGAACGAUUGAAUUUUCUUAGCUUUUCCGAGUCACUCUCUGGUCUUGGCAGCACUCUCAUCACUAUUUGCUAAAUCCACUUCUGUUGAGAAAAAUUAACUGUCGUCGGCUAGUUGCAGUGUGAGUGCGUUACUUGAUCAAUUCCUCAAGUGCUCUUAUCUAAUCUACUCGACGAAAAACCAUAUUUUAAAUAAAAAUAUAUAGAUAUUUAGUACAUAAAUUAGACGUGCGUGUACUUGCUGUUACUGGCAAACUCACUGAGACAGCGUCACUUGUGAUUAUUCUGAAGAUGAUCAACAAGGACACAGCACAAUUGUACUGUCGAAAAAAGCAAUAAAAAAAAAAAUCUCAGCGACAAGUUGACGUUGACUUUCUUUCAAGUGCUGGUGAAUUUAUUGGUUUAACUGUUGAUUAAUUUAAGGUGAAUAAGCUGAGUUAAACUUCAGUGGCUCUCUACAAGACAUUGAAUAAUAAUUAUUAUUUAAUGACAAAAAAAAAUCACGUUAAGUGGCUGGGUGGGGCAAGGAAAUUAUACCAAGAGAUCUAAAGUAAUAAAUGACGUGACGAAAGUCGUGUUUAUUUGUAAAAUAAUACAACAAUUGAUACAUGAUCAGUUACAAUAAUAAUAAUAAUAAUAGUAAUAACAAUAACAUCAAUAUCAGCAUCAACAUCAACAGCAACAACGACAGCUGAAUAGUUAACAUGAGCUAUCAAUAACAAUUGUUAAUUUAUAUACCAGUUUAUGAACGGCAAUUCAACCAACAAAACAUUUAAAAGCUAUUUUCAUUCAAUUUAAAUUACUUUUUAUUUAUUCACCACAACAUCAACACUUACAACAGUUACAGUUCUCUUUAUUUAUUUUUUUCUUUUGUUAUUUUUAUUAUUUUCUAUACGAAACCGUAAGCAUCAUCAGUGCAUAGCGGAAUUCCCGGUGCGUGCAGGUCAGUGUGUGUGACCUCGUUAAUCGUGUACCUGCAUAAAUUAUACGGGCUUUAAUUUACAAUAAAGGUUACACAAGGAAAGUACUUUUAUUUAUUUGUUUUUUACUGUCUUGAAGAAAUUUAAAACGCGGCAAGUCAACUGGUAAACAAAAAAAAGCUCAACGAGCCACGAGGAAAUGUCUAAUUUAUACAAAUGACGAGACCGAGUACAAAUAAUUCAGGACGUCAGUGGAAGCAGAAAUUACUGGGAAGAUUGACCUAGCAGUAGAGCAACGCGAUGCAUCGGAGACUGGGUCACAGCAACUAUGACGGGAAAAUCGCUGGAUUAUAUGACUUGGAGGAGACCCUUGGGCGAGGUCAUUUCGCUGUGGUUAAACUCGCAAGGCAUGUCUUCACCGGGGAGAAGGUGGCGGUCAAGGUUAUCGAUAAGAGUAAGCUGGAUGAGGUUUCCCGAGCGCAUUUAUUCCAAGAGGUGAGAUGCAUGAAACUGGUGCAGCAUCCUAAUGUAGUAAGGCUUUAUGAAGUAAUAGACACCCAGACAAAGCUCUACCUCAUCUUGGAGCUUGGAGAUGGUGGAGAUCUCUAUGAUUAUAUAAUGCGCCAUGAUAGUGGAUUAAGUGAAGAGGUGGCACGGACUUACUUCCGUCAAAUAGUUAGAGCCAUAUCAUACUGUCACCGGCUUCAUGUGGUCCACAGAGACUUGAAACCCGAGAAUGUCGUUUUUUUUGAGAAAAUCGGUACCGUUAAACUGACGGACUUUGGUUUCAGUAAUCGAUUUUGUCCUGGACAGAAAUUAGAGACAUCGUGCGGCUCGCUGGCCUAUUCAGCACCGGAAAUUCUUCUCGGUGACAGCUACGAUGCACCAGCUGUUGAUGUCUGGUCACUUGGUGUUAUUCUUUAUAUGCUGGUCUGUGGGCAAGCGCCUUUUCAAGAAGCCAAUGAUAGCGAGACAUUAACGAUGAUAAUGGACUGUAAAUACUCAAUUCCUUCGCACGUGUCGGACGAGUGCAAGAGACUUAUUGCUAAAAUGCUUGUUCGUGCACCCGAGGGACGUGCGACUCUUGAGCAAAUUGCCAGCGAUCCUUGGCUGGGUAUUGAGACUGAUGAUCCCGUUGAUGCUCUACCUCUCGUCUCCAGAGAACAGGUUUCUGAGGAACAUCAUAAUCUUAUAAUUACUAAAAUGGUCAAUGGAAAUAUUGCUACGAAAGAAGAUAUUUUAGAAGCUCUUGAUAAAAAUGAGUACAACCAUAUCACGGCAACGUACUUCCUGCUGGCAGAGAGAAAAUUACGUGCCCAUCGACAAGAACAAGUACAAAAAGAUCGUACAGAACUGGACGUUACCACGCGUCGCCACAAUGAUCUCUCAGUUAAUGACCUACGUGUUGAUCCGAAUUCUUUGGGUAGUAUGAAUCAAUCAUUACUAUCUGUACCAAGAACACCCGGAGACGUACCGCAGAAUUCACGGACGCGUAAAUGCAGUAUCGUCCAAGAGGAAGAAGAUGAGGACGACGUAUCUUCAUGUUCAGGCCGCGAUGAGCAUGGCAGCAAUUCAGCACUAAGUUCAUUCAAUCGUCGUGGUUCCAGGUCAGAGGGUAAAUUGUCACACAUAUUGCAAGAAAGAUUAGCUCAGCUGCCAGAAAAACACGCGGUACUCAAACAGCCAUUGAGACAAAACAUUCAAACACAAGAAAUAAAACCAAAGGAUUCAGCAUCACCGAGUCAUACAUUCACUGUCGUUAAAGUCCAGCAGGAUCCGUCUUAUCCACCGGAUGAAAUAACAACCGAGGAGAAUAUGAAUAACAGACUGCCAUCAACAACAGGAUUAACUUCAACUAUUUGUUCAUCUUCUACAAUAAUAACAGCGCCAACGUCAACAGAAACAAUAACAGCCGUAAGUGGAUUUAAUAAAAACCCUAUUUACAGUAAUUAUGAAAGACCAAAGUCAGCAGCAGAGUCUUUGAAAACUCCUGUACCUGUGCCAAAUAACAAAUGGAAAAUGGGCUCACAGCAUCGCACUGCAAAUGAUUCAAUCACAGCAGUAUCGCCAUCGAAAAAUUCGAAGAAUUUUGGUAUUGGUAAAUUAGGAACAAUAACUACGACCAUAUUAACAGAGUCAUCGACAGCCCCGUCACCAAUUCGUUCACCAAAGACUUUUACCAGCGACAGUAAUCUCCAGCUCAAGUAUAAGACAAUGCCGUUGACGGGUGGACCAGCAGUAUCAUCAAUUGGCGAAAUACAGUCGGAAAAAUUGGCAUUGAAAGAAAUUCUUGAGGAUGGCGACGCGCUGGAGUCGACAGCAGACACUGGUGGUGGUGAUAAUUCAUCUAAGAGUCGCGUUGUAAGACGUACUGGUUACGAACAGAAGCGAAGUAAAUUUCAUAAGACCCGGACGACAUCUUGCUCGAGUUCCGACGCGAGUGAUGAUGACAGUGAGGGCAGAAAGAAACGUGCACACAAAUUGGGUGCGACUUCGGGUAAACCAUUGCCUUCUAGACGAGACAGUCAUGAUGACUCGAGUGAUUCUCAGGAUCCUGGUGGCAGUGGAGGUAGUGGAGCUCGUGGUGGUCUGGGUAAUGGCGAGGGUGUACAAAAUGAUACUGCGUCAAGUAAUACUCGCAAUGAUGGCAAUGAAAACAGUACGUCGACAACGACGACGACGACAACUGGAACAAGCGGUGGUAAAGUUCAAAGGUGUACAGAAUCUCAGGCAAUGACUUUUGGACGCAGACAUCGAGCUGGCAGACGGCGGGCCGGUGAAACACGAUUACGUGAAAGUCAAUCAUUAAACCGUAUUACUGAAGUACAAGAAGCUGAAUUACCAAGUGCUUGUCAUGCUCUCUAUCGAAAUACAACUGUUAUUACAUCAACUUGUAAUUCAACUUCUACAUUAUCAAUUAUUAAUUCUAAAUCAAUAGUUGGAACGGAAACAACAACAGCAAUAAUAACAAUGUCUAAUUCAAUAAAUAGUUUAGCAACUUGUACUACUACUUGUACUUCUACUACUGCAACAAGUACCAGUACAACUACAAAUACGAGUUAUAUAACAACUACUACUGCGACUACAGUACAACGAGCUAAAGGAUUUGGAGCACGACUUUUACAGAGUUGGAAUCUCAGCGCUAAGGGACUCAUAACUCAAGCUGUCGAUAGCAAAUCCCCAGGAUACAAUUCUAAAGAUAAUAAAAAAAAUAAUAAAGACGAUAAAUUUGUCGAGAUAAUACGUGAGGAUAAAAAUAAACGUGAGCAAAAUGGGGGUGUAUUAAAUUUUGACAGAGAAAAUAGCAAAAGUUCAUCGAUUAACAGUACACGUGGUAGUGGAGUCGGUGGUAGUAAUGAUUGUAAAAAUAGAAAAAUAAGACUUCUUACACGUUACUUUGCAGUACACAAAAAAUUGUGUGUUCCGUUGCCGGGUUUUCUCGGUAAAGGUAAAUUGUACAAAGCCCGUUCUUGUGGCAAUAUCUCAAGGGAGCGGGUCUCCCCGUCUUCACCAAAGUCUGUAUUACUUUGUGCAACCAGUGAGGAUAAAUGGCGGGAACGUCACCAGUGGAAUGAAACUAAAGAACACCAGCAAAAUCAUCAACAACAGCAGCAAUUGUUACUGCAGCAGCAUCGCGGCAGUGACGGUGACAUAAAUCAGAAUCUUGGGUUAGCUCAGUUUGUACAAGACAGUGUUAUGAACAAUGGCUGUGUCGGUUUACCAGCCAUUUGUCAUAUUCAUCUUGGAGACCCAUCCAAGUGUUGCAGUCUAUGUUGAUAUGAUUUAUUAUUAUGUGGUCCUCCUGACGGUUUAUAAUUAUUUACUGCAGGGAACAGUGCAAUAAUAUUAUCACAUGUAUAAGUCUAAGUCUUCGAAUAAAUUAAAACAAAUAUAUGAGUAUAUAUAUAUACAUAGUUAUAAAGAAAACAAACAAAUUUCAGCAACAAUAAUGAUAUUAAUAAUAAAAAUGAUACUGAAAUUAGCCGAUGAUAAUUUUUGGGUUUUUCUAAAAGCGAUAAAUUUUAAAAAAUAUUUCAGAAAAUUACACUUAUAGUUUUUUUAAUUUUUUACAUGUGCAUUUUUUUUUUUUUUUUUUUUAUUAUUUUUUUUUUUUUUUUGAUUAAAUUGUUAAGGGCAUUGGGCAGUGCCCGCACUUUUUUAAAAUAUUCAAUGAGUGUGAAUGUCGCAGACAUCAGACAAAAUUAUAAAUAAAUAGAGUCAAUAAUUAAUUUUAAAAAAUUUUUCAAAAAUGCACAUUUAAAAAAUUUAAAAAUUAAAAAGUGCAUUUUUUAUAAAUAUUUUUUUUUAAUUACUUACUCUAUUUUUUUAUAAUUAAAAAUUUGUCUGUCUGCUAGAUUCGCACUCAAAAUAUUCCAUGGCCGUAUUUAAAUUUUGAUAAAUAAUUUUUAAAAAAUUACAGUUACAAUUUUGCCGCGAUAGAUUUUUAAAAAAAAUUAUUUACAAUUAGGAGUCAAACGAAAUUUGAGAAAUAAAUUACAGUAAAAUCUUCAUGUCUUAUAAUUUUGAAUGUCAAAUUUUUUAAGCUAAAAUUUAUUUACAAAAUUUUGUUUAAUUCCUAAUUGACAACAACUGUCAGUAAUUUUUUUAAAAAUUUAUAUUUCGAAAUUGUCCUUUUUUAAAUUAAUGCUUUAAUUUUUAAAAAUUAAUUAAUAAAAUUUUCGUACUGUCAUGACAGUUCAAUGUCAUUGAAUAUUUUUAAAAAAUGGCGGACACUGUUUAAGAAUGCCCUUAAAAAAAAAUCUAAAAAUUAUUAAUUGUCUGCUAACUUCAGUAUCAUUAUAAAAAAAAAAAAAAUAAUCGCCCAUUUUUUUGUAAUUUGCAUAACAUCCAUAAAUUUGUUCGUCGAGUUAUUAAUUAACAGAAUCCUGUAAUGAAUACUAAUAAUAAAUUAAUUAAUUUAAAUUCAGGCCUUUAUUAUUAUAUUGUACAAUUAUUAUUAUUAUUAAAAUUAUUAAUUAUCAUUUAGUAGAGUUGAGGUAUCAGUGUUUACGUCUCAUCGAACUUGGAAUCAAAAAUAGACGGGUAUGAGCAGCGAGAUUAUUGUUAUACAUUACAUUUAUAUUUAUAUACAUAUAUAUAUAUAUUAUACGCAUAGACACAUAAUGACAAAGAGAGAAUUAUCUGCGAUAAUUUGAUGCUGAAGUUAUCUAGUCCGUGUUAUUAAAAAAAAUAUGAAAACAAUAUUGUAUCGAACGUUGCGGAAUUAUUUGUAAUAUUAUUUUAUGUUGCAUGAUAUUAUAUUCUAUUAUUGAUAGAUUAGCGCUAUUAUUAUUAUGUUACAAUUAUAAUUAUAUUUAUAUUUAUAUUUAGAUUUAGAUUUAUAAUAUUAAUGAAUGCUGAUAGUCCAGCAAUCUCGGCUCGCUGCUCGCACCAGUCACUUAUCCGAUAGUUCUAUUUCCGUCCCUCGGUGCUUCCCUGUCUUCGAAAACCCGUAAUUAUAAAUUUAAAUUAUAAAUUAAACAUAUAGUAUAUAUUAUUAUUAUCAUCAUUGAUUGAUUAAUUAAUUUAAAAUAAAAAAAAAAAAAACUUAAUCUCUGUUUUCCAUAGAAUCCUAUAAAUUUGUACCGUAAAUAUUGUAUUGUAUUAUCUAAAUUAUUGUUUAGUUUAUUAAUUACUGAAUUAAUUUACUGGAUGGUUGAUAUUAUUCAAGGAUAAGAACAAAAUUAUCACAAACAAUAAUAACAAUGAUAAUUAUAGAGCUUUGUCUCAUUACCACAUUGUCAAUGCGAGCUCAUGAUUCAAUAAAUGACAUGCCUUUGUGCUGAUUAAAAUGGAAAUUUUAAUAAAUAUAUAAAUAAAUAUGUUGCUCGGUGGAAUAUAAUUUAUAUACAUUAAUAUUAGACGCAUUUUUUUCCAAUUACAAUCCAAGUAUUUUUUAUUUUUACUUUACUCAAUAAUUCAAUGUUUGUUUUUUUUUGCCGCAUUGGUAACAAUCAAUACCGCGAUUUUUUAUAUAAAUAUAAACAAGAAUUUAUAUAUCACUUUUUUAUAUAUUAUUCAAAGCGAUAAAUUAAUAUUUUCUUGCACGGUCCAAGUUGUUUAUAUGUGACUAUUGUCGAGUGUAUGAUUAAUAAUUAUAAAAACAAACAGAAAAAUUUAUUAUUACCCACAUGCAUGUACCGAGCCAGACGUUUAUGUAGACAAGUAAUACAUUUAUUUAUUGUAACUUUUAUGAUAUUAUUUAUUUUUAUUAUUAAUUAUUAUUAUUUCGAUCCUUAAUAUUAUUACUAUUACUAUUAUUAUUAUUAUUAUUGAUAAAUAAUUAAUUAUUUUAAGUUAAUAAAAUAAAGAAUGAAUUAAUAGAAAAAAUUUUA